AUGUCUGUAAAUAUGUUUGAAAAAAUCAAACAAUUUUUACAUUUUAAUGACAAUUGCCAACUUAUUCCAUUCAAUAGACCUGGACAUGAUAGACUUUAUCGUAUAAGGCCAGUUCUAGAAACAUUGAAUAAAAAAUUUCAAUUAGUUCCGCUAGAAGAAAGUUUGUCGAUUGAUGAGCAAUUAUGUUCUACUAAAGCUAGACAUUAUUUAAAACAAUAUAUCCCCAUGAAACCGCACAAAUGGGGCUAUAAAUUGUUUGUUAUGGCAGGUGUUUCUGGUUUUGCAUAUAAUUUGGAAAUUUAUAGUGGACAAGAAAAUAAUUCAGAACUACGUUUUCCUUGUGAACCAGAUAUUGGUGCUAGUGCAAAUGUUGUUGUACGUCUUGCUCGUAUAAUACCAUCAAACAACAAUUUUAAAUUGUAUUAUGAUAAUUAUUAUACCUCAAUACAGUUAAUGGUUUAUUUAAAAACUAGAGGUAUUGAAAGCUUAGGAACUGUUAGAAGAAAUAGACUCAAAAAUGUACCAUUUCCUUCAGAUGCUGCUAUGAAAUCUAAGGAAAGGGGUACCAUGUAUGAAUGUACAGCUACUGUAAACCAGGAAAAAAUUACAGCAGUCUUAUGGAAAGAUAAUAAGUUGGUAACUUUACUUUCAACAUUUGUAGGUAUGAACCCCAGGUUGAACAUGUAA